AUGGAGUUGAAAGAUGACAAUUUGGAGAGUGGGAAGAGGGCUGAUGGGUUGGAGGCUGCAGUGGUGGAGCAGGAGGUAUGUGGAACCCAGUCAGGCAAAGAGAGCGUGGCUGAGUUUUGCCAAGUUGAGAUCCGUGGAAAGAUCUGUGGAGCUGCAGCUGUUCAGGGGAAUGACACGAUAUUUCUUGGUAAUAUUGACAAGAAAUGGAAGAAAGAAGAUCUUUCUAAUAUUUUGAAGGAAGGUGGAAUUGAGAAUAUCGAUGCAGUUAAUGUUGUCAUGGACCCUAAAAAUACUGACUGUAAUCGUGGGUUUGCAUUUCUAGAACUUGAAACUAAUAGAGAUGCACAGCGAGCUUUCAAAAAGCUUCAGAUGAAAGAUGCUCUUGGCAAGGGUCGGAAUAUCAAAGUUUCAUGGGCUGAUUCCUUCCGUAUUCCUGAUGAAGAGGAUAUGCAAAAGGUAAAAUCAGUAUAUGUUGAAGGAGCCCCAGAUUCAUGGGAUGAAGAUAGGCUUAAGGAGACCUUCAAAAAGUUUGGGGAGAUUGAACGAAUUGUGCUUGGGAGGAACAUUAAGUCAACUAAGCGAAGAGAUAUUGCAUUCAUCAACUACAAAACUCGAGAAGCUGCUCUUUCGUGCGUUGAAUCUUUUAGUAGCGAUGAAUUGCUUGACAAUGGCUCAAAGGUAAGUUUGAAGGUAGCACUUGCAAAACGUAUGCAAAAGGCCAAUCAAAACAAAGGACAGAAAUCUACCAUUAAUAACUCCCUAAAAGAGAUAUAUAAGCCUGCCCAAGGACUUCCUUCACAGGAUCAUUCCCCAACUGUAUUGAGAACAAAGCGUAACAGUUUGUCAUUGGGAGAUGGCAUGUAUUCUGAUUUGAGAGGGUACCCCCGUGCUCGUUUGAACAGCAAUUUUGGAAUUUCAGGCUCAAGUUACGCUAUGAUGCCACCUGGUGGGGUUAGCUCAUCACUACAUUAUCAACAUCAAUCUGUUCCUGUUGGUUAUUCUACUGGUUCUUUUUAUCGAUCUGGAAGCAACACGGACGCUUAUCAGAUUAGACAAGGAGUUCCCCCGUACUCAAGCAGCAGCCUUUAUCAUAGAUAUCAAAUGUGAGGGUGGAAAUGAUUUUCUGAUUAGGCGUAUUGUUUGAGCUCUGAUGAGAUGAGGUUUAGGACUUCGAAAACAGAAUUGUAAUUUGAAGUUAUAGUAUAUAUCACUGUACCUCUCUAUGAAAUGUUUUGAUGGUGAGCUUAUGGAUUUCAUUGCUGUUCCUGGAACUCUUAAGACCAUUAUUAUGUUGAAAGUUUUUUAUUUAUCUGAUUUUAGAUUCUUGGAAGCUGCUGUUGGGAAAGCUAUAUGAAGAUUAUUGCUUCAAUUUGUUUAUCUUCUUAUAAUUAACAAAGCUUGCAAAAA